AUGGUUGUUUGGGAACCUUGUGUCACAUUGUGCACCAACUAUCUAUUUUAUCUUACAUUUGUUCUUUCUCUUAUUGGGAUAUUUCGCUCUCAUUACGGUAGAGCACUCCCUGUGCCAAACUGUAUCCGAAGUAACUUCACUAAGUCUCUAACUGAUUUGAUUUUCCUCCGUAUCAUUUCCUAUCUGAUUCUUUUUCUAUCUAUCUAUCUAUCUAUCUAUCUAUCUAUCUAUCUAUCUAUCGUUUGCACAUUUUUUGGUAUUCCUUUUGGUGCUACUCCUUGCAAAACGCAGACCUUCUUUCUUUUGUCGUUUCUCAAAAGAAGCCAUGAUUCAUUCCCAGUGACAAGAUUAUUCAGAAACGGUUCUUGCUCGUUUCAUUACAGCAAAUCAGUGAAAAUUGCGGACACGUUCGGUUUUAUUGUUGUCGGAGAGUUUGUGAGUGACCCAUCCAGCCAAUUUUUAUACCUUUCCGAGCUUUUUGAGAAGAUGAACAAUGUUUAA